CUAACUCCACAUUCCUCCUCGGUGCCCUUCUCUCCAAGUUGGUGAACUAAAGUGUCUAAAGGGGAAGAAAGAGCAGAGAAGGAGGAGAGCAGCAACAGAGAAGGAAAAAAAUAAGAGGAUCACUGAAGGGUUUAGACUCCGAGGCCUUCAAUCUAACGGAAUCACUGCAGGGUUGUUUGUACUCAGGACACUGCAGGGUCUUCCUCUCUUCACAAAGCAGUCAUGGUCUUUCUGCUCGUAUCUCUGACUGUGCUGCAUUUGGUCACAUUGGCCAUGCUGCUCAUCGCCACACUGGAGAAGUCUUGGUGGAUCUGGGCAGAUUCAGAAAUUACUGAUCUCUGGUAUAACUGCUUCCAUGAUAACGCCACAAAAACCUGGCUGUGUGCUGCUACUACUGAAAGCGACUGGCUGCAGUCUGUCCAGGCCCUCAUGGUCCUCUCUGUGGUCUUCUCCUCCAUCUCCUUCCUGGUUUUUCUGGGUCAGCUGUUCACCAUGUCCAGAGGAGGCCUCUUCUACUUCACAGGCCUCUGUCAGGCUUUUGCAGGUUUCACAGACUUCGCCGCCUGCCUCAUCUUCACCUUCCACAGAAAGGAGAUCUUAAGUGACACCAGGGAUCUGAGCAAAGGGCGCUUUGGUUACUGCUUCAUCCUGGCGUGGCUGUGUGUCCCUCUGCUGCUCGUCAGUGGAUUCCUAUAUGUCCACCUGCGCAAGAAGCAGUGAGCCGAGAGACGGAAAUAAAGACCUCCUAUUGAGAGUGUGACACUCUCUUCAGCCACUUAACAAUAAACACACGUGAGGAAACAGGAUGAAUGUAAUGUCAGUUUAAUUGAAACUAUUCUAUUUUCUUUCCAUACUUGCCCAACCCAGUUUCACUGUAUGUGAGACAUUCAGUCACCAAGGUAUGAGAAACACACAGAUGUGUCAUACAAGAAUAGAUCAAUGUAGCUAAAAGUUAUGAAACAAAUAGUCAUGUUGUGAGAUGCAAAGCUCAUAAUAAUGUCUUUGUUAAAGGAUUCUGUCUCAGAGAAAUCAGGUAAUAAAUGCAUAUCUUGUUGUGUUUACUGAA